UGAAAGCAUAAUAUAAAUUGGGCUGAAACUGUAAGCUAUAUUUUGUGUGGAGCGAUUUCACUCAGUGAACUGCUGUAGCAGAGAUGGGGAAUCCAAGAGUUUUUUUCGACAUGGCGGUUGAUGGCGAAAACGUCGGCCGAAUUGUCAUGGAGCUGCGGGCUGAUGUGGUCCCAAGGACAGCAGAGAACUUUCGUGCCUUGUGCACCGGUGAGAAAGGCUUUGGCUACAAAGGCUCCACGUUUCACAGAGUCAUCCCCAAGUUCAUGUGCCAGGGCGGGGACUUUACCAACCACAAUGGAACUGGAGGGAAAUCUAUUUAUGGAGAGAAGUUUCCUGAUGAGAACUUCCAGUUAAAGCACACUGGUGCUGGUAUACUGUCCAUGGCUAACGCUGGGCCCAACACUAACGGAUCCCAGUUCUUCAUUUGCACGGCUAACACUGAUUGGCUAAAUGGGAAGCAUGUGGUGUUUGGCACCGUAGUUGACGGCCUUGAAGUUGUCAAGGCUAUUGAGAAGUAUGGCACAAAGAGUGGCACCCCUAAAGCCAAGGUCGUCAUAGCAGACUGUGGGGAACUAAAAUAGUGCAACACACUCACUUUCCUUCAAACCCUAUGCUCUGUUGUCACAUGCAUGUUGUCCUUUACUCCCCCCUAUGUCUGUCAUGCUGCACAACUGCAGUAUCAGUAGGAAAAAUAUCUUAUCCUAUACAACAAUGUUGGUCUGCUCUAAUUAUAUCAUAUUUUUGUCUUUGGAUCUGUCCUUAUUUAUGACCUAAAAUAUACUAGGUGUCAAUGAAACCUAUCAA